CUUUUCCCUCAGGAGGACAUCCCCCACUACCUCAUAAGCAGUCUAUCUUUUAUAUGUCUAUGCAUACAACUGACACGGGACUGGAGAAACAACCAAUCAAAGCGAAGAAUUCGAUUCGGCCAAUCGUGUUGACCCGCGAGCACGCGACAGCAAUCUCGUCUGCGUUGGCGGCACUGCUGGCGGCAAGUCAAUCGCGACUCGUAAAAACCGCGGCCGUUUCCCUUCGUGUUAUCGGCGUUAUCGGACGAAUCGCGGAUCCACAAUCGGCGUCGAUUAACUCGAUCGGCCGUCAUGUCGAAAGAUUCGUACGAGGAGACGACCGCGCGGGUGAACGAGGCGCAGAUGGAACUGAAGAUCAGGCUCGAGCAGGUGUCGAGGCUGCGGAACGAUUGCGCGAGGCUGCAGUUGGAGUUGCUGAGGCUCUACAGACCGCGUUGCCUGGAGAUACUGGAGCUAUUGCAGGACGUCUCCGAGCCAGUGGAGCUCUCUGACCGCAUUCGCGACGCUGCCGAGUCGCGCGACAACGACGAGGGUAAUGAAGUCCUUCGCACGAACGGAGACGUGUUGAAGAAAUCUGCGACGUAACGUCAAGACAAGGCGAGAUCGGCGCGGCGGCCCUUCGUAAAUCCAAUACGAUAUUCAUGGAAAAACUCAUUGAACUUAAUAUUAAAACUCGUUGAAUUUAAAAUGAAACUAGAAGAGUAUUAAAUAGAAAGACAGAGUUAUUUAAAACAACAUACCGCGAAGACGGACAGAUGUCAUAAAGUGGAAACAGUUUUCUCUUCAUUUUCUAAUUAAAAGCCUUUUUUAUCUCUUAAUUAAGAAGACUAAAGUUAAGUGGGGAAAGCACUGUGAUGGAGUAAUAAAGAGGGCACUAAUUGAAC